GGGGACACGGCGCAUUCUCACUUAUUAUCACCACCAACAACAACCUCCGACUGACUUCAUCAAACUCACACCAUCUCUUCUAAUAUAUUUCAAAACAAGAGCCAAUCUCACACCACACAAACAACCUUCCAAAUCAUCGUACCCUUCAAAUAACCGCCAACAUGUUCACCGGCAUAGUCGAAGAAAUCGGAGAGGUGACAACCUACACCCCCAACGACCCCCUCUCCAAAAACGGCACGACCCUCACCAUCACCCUCCUCCCCUCUUCUUCUUCUUCUUCUUCUUCUGGUUUGCUCUCCGACUGCCACCUAGGCGACUCCAUCGCCGUCAACGGCGUCUGUCUCACCGUCACCUCCUUCACCCUCACCCCUUCCGCCUCCUUCACCGUCGGCAUCGCCCCCGAGACUCUCCGGCUCACCAACCUCGGCUCCCUGCGUUCCGGAUCGCGCGUGAACCUGGAGAGGGCCGUGCGCGCCGACACCCGCAUGGGCGGCCACUUUGUUCAGGGCCAUGUGGACACCGUAGCGGAGAUCAUCAAGAUCACGCCCGAUGGGGAGGCGUUGACGUUCCGGUUUAGACCUAAAAACAAGGAGGUGUUGCGGUAUGUGGUGUACAAGGGGUUUAUUGCGCUGGAUGGAACUAGUUUGACGGUUACGGCGGUGAAUGAUGAGGAGGAAUGGUGGGAGGUAAUGCUCAUUGCGUACACGCAGGAACGGGUGGUGGUGGCAGGAAAAAAAGUGGGCGAGACGGUGAAUGUGGAGGUGGAUAUGACGGCCAAGUAUGUGGAGAAGAGCUUGAGGGGGUAUUUGGAGGGGUUGUUGGGGUCUGCUUCUGCUGAGGAACAGGGCCAGGGGGAAGAAAAGAAGAAGGGGAGAGGGUUGUUGGAGAAGGUUGUCGAGGGGAUUGUGAAGCAGGGGUUUUCUUGAGGUUGUGCUGAAUGGAAGUGUUUUACGGUUUCAAUACGGAAGGGAAAAAAGUUGAGAUGAGUAUGAUACCAUUCGUGACAUGUACUAAGCUCGUGUCAAGGACUUUGAUAUACAAGACAAUUAUUCAAACAAGGCUUCUUGGCCUCUUCAACCCCG